AUGGGGCUGGAGGCACUGCAUGAUCCAUCUGCUGCUGAUAAACCGUUUGGUGGGAAGACGGUUGUUCUUGGCGGUGAUUUUAGGCAAAUAUUGCCAGUUAUAGUGCAAGGGUCUAGACAAGACACUGUCAAGGCUUCCAUUAGCAAGUCAUAUCUUUGGCCAUUUGCACAGGUUCACAGUUUAUCCAUCAACAUGAGACUGAGAGAAGCUGACAAAGAAUUCGCCAAGUGGAUACUCGAAGUAGGUAACGGAACUGCGGCUACUGUUGAAACAGAGGGACGAAGCCCAGAAGAGGAUGAGCAGGUUAUAAUAAGUGAUGAAUUCAUGAUUCCCAGGUCGGAUCAGCCUCAUCAGUCUAUAUCAGAUGCUGCCUACCCCAACUUUGUUAACAACUACUUAAACCGUACUUACUUAACAGAGAGAGCAAUCCUAGCCCCAACUAACGCCAGUGCCCAAGAGAUUAACUCUUACCUGCUGUCUAAGGUACCUUCUUCAGAGAAAGAAUAUUUAAGCUCAGACAGUGUUGCUUUCGAGAGCACACCACAAGAAGAUGACUGGACAAAUAACUACACUCAAGAGGACUUAAACUCACUUAAGUUUUCAGGAUUGCCAGCACAUAAACUCAGUCUUAAGAUUGGAGCUCCGGUGAUGAUGUUGCGCAAUAUAAACCAGCGUAAUGGGCUCUGCAAUGGAACAAGAAUGAUGAUUUCACGUAUGGGACACAGAGUACUUGAGGCCGAGAUAUUAACAGGAACUCAUGUAGGAGAUAGAGUCUUGAUCCCAAGGAUUCAAUUGUCCCCAACCGACACUAUGCAUCCGUUCACUUUCCGUAGAAGGCAAUUCCCAAUAAGAUUGUGUUAUGCGAUGACAAUAAAUAAGAGCCAAGGUCAGAGUUUAAAUCAGGUUGCUCUCUAUCUCCCAAGACCAGUUUUUAGUCACGGCCAGUUGUACGUAGCUCUCUCGCGAGUAACUACUCCAGAGGGCCUCAAGGUACUAGAUGAUACAGAAGGUGGAACAAGGAAAGAUGCUGUCACUAACAUCGUUUAUAGAGAAAUUUUCAGUAACCUUAGAGCAAGUAGGCUUACAUCUCUAUCCUAA